UGCUCUUUCAGAACCAAUAUGCUGAGCCUGUCACCUGUGUUCCAGGAGCCAAACCAGCAAUGUCUUCCCCUGCACAGCCUGCAGUUCCUGCCCCACUGGCCAACUUGAAGAUUCAACACACCAAGAUCUUUAUAAACAAUGAAUGGCAUGAUUCAUUGAGUGGAAAGAAAUUUCCUGUCCUUAACCCUGCAACUGAGGAGGUCAUCUGCCAUGUGGAAGAAGGGGACAAGGCAGAUGUUGACAAAGCUGUGAAGGCCGCAAGACAGGCUUUCCAGAUUGGCUCCCCCUGGCGCACCAUGGAUGCUUCAGAGAGAGGACGCCUGCUGAACAAGCUGGCUGACUUAAUGGAGAGAGAUCGCCUGCUGCUGGCUACAAUGGAAUCAAUGAAUGCUGGAAAAAUCUUUACUCAUGCGUACCUUAUGGAUACAGAGGUCAGCAUAAAAGCCUUAAAGUACUUUGCAGGCUGGGCAGACAAGAUUCAUGGCCAAACAAUACCAAGUGAUGGAGAUAUUUUCACUUAUACAAGACGUGAACCUAUUGGGGUGUGUGGCCAAAUCAUUCCUUGGAAUGGUCCGUUGAUUUUGUUCAUUUGGAAGAUAGGCGCUGCCCUUAGCUGUGGGAACACCGUGAUUGUGAAGCCAGCAGAGCAAACUCCUCUCACAGCUCUUCACAUGGCAUCUUUAAUAAAAGAGGCAGGGUUUCCUCCUGGUGUGGUGAACGUUGUCCCUGGUUAUGGACCAACUGCAGGGGCAGCCAUCUCUUCUCACAUGGACAUAGACAAGGUGUCUUUCACAGGAUCAACAGAGGUUGGCAAAUUAAUCAAAGAAGCUGCAGGGAAAAGCAAUCUGAAGAGGGUCGCCCUGGAGCUUGGGGGAAAGAGCCCUUGCAUUGUGUUUGCAGAUGCUGACUUGGAUAGUGCUGUUGAGUUUGCACACCAAGGAGUAUUCUUCCACCAGGGUCAGAUUUGUGUCGCAGCAUCCAGACUUUUUGUUGAGGAGUCCAUUUACGAUGAAUUUGUUAGGAGGAGUGUGGAGCGGGCUAAGAAAUACGUUCUAGGAAAUCCUCUGGACUCAGGAAUAAGUCAAGGUCCUCAGAUUGACAAGGAGCAACAUGUUAAAAUCCUUGAUCUCAUUGAGAGUGGGAAGAAAGAAGGAGCCAAACUGGAGUGUGGUGGAGGACGCUGGGGGAACAAAGGCUUCUUUGUCCAGCCCACGGUCUUCUCCAAUGUGACCGAUGAGAUGCGCAUUGCCAAAGAGGAGAUAUUUGGACCAGUGCAACAAAUCAUGAAGUUUAAGUCCAUAGAUGAGGUGAUCAAGAGAGCAAACAAUACUCCCUAUGGUCUAGCAGCAGGAGUCUUCACAAAAGACCUGGACAGGGCCAUCACUGUGUCUUCUGCUCUGCAGGCCGGGACAGUGUGGGUGAAUUGUUAUUUGGCUCUCUCUGUCCAGUGCCCAUUUGGUGGGUUCAAGAUGUCUGGAAAUGGGCGAGAAAUGGGUGAACAGGGUGUUUAUGAAUACACUGAGCUCAAGACAGUCGCAAUGAAAAUAUCUCAGAAGAACUCCUAAAGAAGCCAGCAGAGUGAAGAGAAACUCUCAGCAGUGGCUACAUGUCUCCUACAGUCACCAGCAGAGGGCUGUUUUAUUACAGGGUCUUCUGUUGAUUUCUUAAACAUAAGGAAUCCUUCAGUGUUAUUGUAACUCAUAGAAAACAUAUAGCUUAAUUCUUCUACUAUAUGACUCCAAUUCAUAUCGUAGAACGGGCUACAUUUAGGUACAAGCUCUCUGUAACCCAGUCAUGAAAAAGUGCUUUCCAUUGUAGCUACUUGUCUAGAGCCCUCAUUUGAUGUGAUUUAAACUCUGUUUCUCGGUGACUUCAUGCACUACUCACCAUGCACAACUGAAAAGUCAGCCACUGUUCUUGGAGUUAUUCUUCUGAGUAUUGUGAAAUAUUUUUAGAAUGACAUGUGUGCUUGUCAAAUGAAAUGUUUAGCUGUAAUUAGAGUGCAAAGUUUAAUAAAGGCCAAAUCUCACAUGA